AUGGAUGGAAAUUCAAGUAUGUCAGUAGAAUCACCCCUCUCAUGCGCUCACUGCGGGAAACCUGCCCGUCUCCAGUAUGUAAACUACCUUUUGUAUUUCCCUGUCUAAAAUUUCUAUUUUUAUGCUAUUUUCUAUUUUUAUCAUGCUGCUGGGAACAUUGUGCGUUGUUUCAUGAUUAUCCUAUUUUGGCCUGAGUACGAGAUGUUCGGAUCCCCGCUGUCAGCAUAUUCAUUUGGCGUCUUGUCUCAUUUCAAUACUUGUAGUUUUCAUCUUUUUCUUAUUUUUGUAAUUACCUCAUGUAGUUGCUUUCUAGGCUAGCAUUGUGGAAUCUGUAGCUGUUUUUAGCUGUAUAUUUAUUCAUAAGCUAACUAUCCUUCUUUUUCUCACUGUACUCUCCAACCUUGCUCUCUUUUCCUGUUUGCAGAUGCCCCAAGUGUAUAGAAUUGAAACUUCCUCCUGCUGGUGCCUCAUUCUGGUUAGUAAGCUAUGACUACUAAUGUUGGCCAGAGGCUGUUUAUUUUUAAGAGGAAAGGAUCUAUCUGAUUCGGAAAGUGCUCCAUAUAUUUGUCCAUUGUAGUUUUCGUGGCUACUUGAACUCUUUCAUGCUCUUGUUAUUUCUGCACAUCCGGUUUCUCCAUUCCACUCUGUCUUCGUUGCAUUUGUAUUUAUCAUGUGUAAUUUCGUAUGCUGUGUCUCCUUCAUCUGAGUUCUUUUUAAGUCUUUCUGUCCUCUUCAAUAGAAUAAUUGUUCUAUGUAAGCCUUUGAUUCUUUUUUCUUUGCUCUAUUUGUGACCUGGGGGAAACCAUAAAACCAACGGUCUCUUCUGUUUCGGGAUCAAAUUAUUUACCUUUUCUAUGAUUACCUGCUAAUCUCUCUGAACCAAAUAUCCCUGCCGGUGACAAAUUUCCAUGUAGAAACUGUGAAUGAAUCCUUGCUAAUGAAAAAAAAGAGACUCUACUUUUUGUAUUCAUGUAUCUGUAAGUAUGUUUAGUUGGACUGCAUGUAUUUCUAGUGUUGUGUUUUUAUUUUUUUUCUAUUGAACUACAAGAGACUUUAGGUCUAUUGCGAGUGAUGCAGUUUAUUUUUCUUGACUUUAUUUCUGGUGUAUAACAAUAUCCUCUUUCAGUACACAGGAUUGUUUCAAAAAAUCAUGGAACUCUCAUAAAUCCGUGCAUCUGAAAGCCAAGUCAAAUACACCUGCAGAACAUGAGGGUUGGCUAUAUUGCCUUAGGAAGGGCCAGAAGCGAUCACCUUCUCUUCCUUAUUUUGAUUGGACGGGGUACUUGCUUUUUAGCUAUCAUCACUUAGAUGCUUCAUUUAUUUCUUUGUUUUCCUUUUUCUGAACCUGCAAGCUUAGAAAGUUAAUAUGGCUUGUCUUUCUCCAUAUUUUAUUUCGUUUUUGAUGCUUGAUUCUCAUGCAGUUUUAAAUUAUUUUUGUACCAACUGGCCGUAUUUUUUUGUCAUUACGACAUGGUUAUCACUCGACAUAAUUUCUAUGAAACACUGACUGAUCAUGUAUGCAAUAAUUCUAUGAUUAUCACUCGACAUAAUUUUUCUCACUUCCUGUACAAGUUUAAAGAGUAUUAAUGCAUUGCUCGGUAAUUUAAAUGAGAAACUUCGUUGGAAAGUUGAAAACUGAAAUUCUAUCGCCAUCAAACUUUAUUAAUUUUCUUUUUGACGAGAAAAGUUUCAUCGUGUUAUCACUAAUCUUAAUCAUUUAGAUGGUAAUGCUCAUGCUUCGUGGGAACUUGGUUUUCCCUUUACAUUUUUUUAGUUCUAUUUAUUUCUAAGUGUAUCUUCUUGGUGUUAUGCACCUGUUAUCUUCGAGUAUGAUUUUCUAUACUUAGCAAUGCAGAAUGGACUGUAUUCGGCAGGAAUGCCCUCUUUUCAUGAUUUUGUGAAGAUCGGAGUAGUAUUUGCAUUGAUGCCUUGGAAGUACAUCUUGGAGCUAGUGAGGACGAUGGCUAGCUUCACCUUUUUUUUUCAUUCUAUGGUUAUGACAACUAAGUAGAUCCAUCAGAAAUGAUUCAAUUUUUUUGGCUAAAUAAACCGCAAAUACCUUACCGCUAGUUUUAUUUUUUUAUCACAGUUAGACUACAGAUCACUGGUCUUCCAGUCAUGAUGUGACAAUGUUACCUAGGUCGUAAUGACUCACUAGUUCGAACUUUAUAGUGGGUUAUUCCCAGCUGAUGACUUAGUAUGACGAAUGGGGGUUAUCCUUUCUGCCCGGAGAAGAAAGAGGUAAUAAAGCACAAAAGAUCAUUUUUUAUGGAUCACUCGUCGUAAGAGUGUUUUCAACACAGUUGUUAUGAAACAAGGCUUGCUGAAUUUCAGUUUAAGUUUGCUGGGCACACCUCUCUUCUUUCAUUGUGGGAAGUGGAAAUCUCACACAUGCUGUGCUAGGUGCAGAAUGCCUCUUUUUUUCUACACCUGUUAAGCAUAUGUUAGUGCGAUUAUUAGAAGUGCAUUUCCAAAAUCAUCAAGCAAAUGCUAGAUCAUAAGAAUGAAAGGUCCUAGCUCGGAGGCCUAUAUAAUUGUUAUAAAUUAUUUGAACUGCUGUCUUUGGGCUGGCAAGGACUAAGGAUGUGGGAGAAUAAUAUGUUUUCUGGGAAUAGAAGGAGGCAAGUGUGAGACUAGGUUAUGCCAUCUUUUCCAGGCCAGUUACCAGCUGAUAAGCAUAUUAAUAUGAAAUCAGCCUUGGUGGAUUUCAGUUUGAACCUCCUGGGCACACCUCUCCUGUUUUCUAUGUGAAGUUUAAACCAUCCUUAUACUUUGCUAGGCGUACAUCGCUUGUUUUCACUACGGUUACUUAGCUAGUAGUUCGUGGGCUGUGAGAAGGGCUUUUACAGUUGUCAUAAAAUGUUGUUAGACUAAUUUCUCUCAGCAGGUGGGGACUAGUAGUGCAGUGCAAUGGAGUCUUGUCUGUCUUUUUCUCAUGAAGAACUUGGUGAAAAUGGAAUCAAGCUUGUUCUACCUUUUAUUUGUUUCAUUUUACAUUUUCAUGGAAUUUCUUUUGUGUUAUAUUCUUUCAGGACAUUAAGGCCAUAUCCCAUAUCCAAGAUUCGGUUGGUGCCUAACGGCAUUGAAAAGCCUGAUUGGGCCAUUGAUGUGAGUUUACUUAUAAAGUCUGUGAUUACCCUUGGCAUAUUUCCUAUUACUUCUAAGGAUUACUUUCCAGAAAAUUAAGCAACUUGACUGCAUUCUCUUGUUGUAAGUCUUCGUAUCAUAGUUUGCUUUUUAUUCCAUUUUAUUAACAAACGCAGAUAUUUGUGACAUCUUUUUUAAGGACCCAGAGUGAUUGAAGGAAAUAGAUAACAAAAGAGAACAUGCUGCUUAACUCCUUACAAAAUGUUGAACAACCGUCUCCACAGUGAUUCGGUGUUGCAAGAAAAGAUGAAUUUCAUUGAUUACUUAUCUAUCAUAUACCAUUAAGGUAAUGUAACAGAAUCUACAACACAAAAGCAUACAGGAAAAAUUUCAAAGAAAACCUGAGUUGUCAAUCUGAUCAAAAAUGUCAGAGAAAUGAUAUCAUUAGUGAUUUCUUCUUCUGUCAACCGGUUGUUUUUUUUCUUUGCGGUUAUCUCGACAAUGUUGACACUCUAUUGAAUAUCUCGUUGUGUCUCACUGCCCAGUAGCUUUUGGAAAGCUAAAACCUUCAAGCUGUAUUGAAUUUGCCUGUGCAAAUCACAUUUUGCUAAUGUUCUCUUUUUGUUUGGUUUUUGCCACUGUUAUAUUAAAAUAACAACUAGAAGGUACAAUUUACGAAAUGAGAUAUCUUGUGUGAGUGUAUUCGUUGAAGAAGCCUGAGAGAGCGUUUUUUUUCUUUUGUAGUUUUUCUUUUACACGUCUAUUCCAUACACCUGCCUGAGAAAAAGAUAAUCUAUAAGUAAUGCUCAUAUUUUUCAAAAGCCAAAACAGACCUAAGAGGAUCGUUUUCCUUAUUUUUUUAAUUUUUUGGUACAUAAUUGUAUCAUCCAUAUGUCAGAUAGAAAGAUAAUCUAUAAGAACUGCUCUUAUAUCAGAUAUGCCAUCUUGGUAGCCAUUAUUGAAAGGCCGGCAUUUUUGAGCUUCAUUAUUAUGUGCUUGUUUUGUUAGUAUAUUAUUCCACUACAUACCUUCCUUUCCUGAAGUUCAUCUGUUUAUGCUGUGUAACAUUCAUAUUUUUGUGAAUGUGACUCCGGUUCAAUUUAUUGGGGCCUUUCUUGAUAAAUCUAAGAGUAGAUCCUCCUGUUGUUGGUUCGUAGGGCAUACCUAAAGUUGAGCCUAACAGUGAUUUCCAGAAUAUUGUCGAGGUAAAGGCCAAUCCCGUCCCUUUCUUGUUGCUUCAGAAACAUAUUAUUAUUGGAUUAUAAUUUACGUGGAGUCACAAUUUUCUGCAUCGCCCAUACUACUCCAAAGAUCAAGACUCCAGAGUUGAUUGAACGCAUGAGAGAAACAUGCCGCGUAAGUAAAAUCAAAAUAUUUUCUUUUCCUGCAAGCUUUUCUUUCUCUGUCAAAAAAAAUUGUAUUAAGAACUUCACGAGCAUGUGAAUGUUUUGAGAUGACUUAGCUAUGAUUUUAUUAUCUUUGUGCCUUUCAUGAUCAUUGAUGUACUUUCUUUUCUGAUCUUCUUACACGUAAUAUUUUUCAUGUAUGUUAGUUUUCUAUUUAAAGACAUGGUUGUGGGAUAGUUUUUUAAUAUUUUUUUCCAAAUGAUCUUAGCAUCCAGCGAAUAUUCGUUGGAAUGCAUCAGCUGGCAUUCGCACUAUUGGCCAAAAAAUCUUAGUUUACGUUCAGUGACUAAAUGGUUCUUCCCUUCUGGCGGUUCGUGAGUAUUAUCUUACUUUGGUACACUUAAAUCUGCAAUGAUUCUAAUGGUCGUUGUUCCUGCUUCAAGUUUCUGAUUGUUAGAAAAAGUACUUGUCAACUCUGGAGCAUGCAAAAGUUGGAUCAAGCCUCAUCUGCAACAUCCUUUAUUCUUGUGUAAUUACCUAUGCUCGUAUGAUGAAUACUAGUAUUCAAUUGAAGUAUUCUGAAAAUUGUUAUAACGUUGGGAGCAUUCCUUAAGCUUUUUGUAUGAUGUAAUUUAGAUGUUAGACGUGGAGAGAGAGAAUGCAAACAGUCCGUGAUUCCUCUCUCCUGAGGAAAGGGGUCCAUAUUAAUCAUUUCCGUCUUAUUGAUAGAUAAGAGGAGAAGAAGACAGAGGAUGCACAAUAAGAGAGAUAUGUCAAACGGAUAAUAAAUCAUUAAAGAUGAGAAGAACGGAUAGAAAUGAGCUCAUAAUCUAUCGUGUUUGGUUUGUUCAUUGUGUGUUGAACUGGUACAACAUACAUAUCAUCUGAUUACAUUGAUACAUUCAUUAUGUGAAUGGACGUGCUUGAGACAACGCCCCAGAAUUGAACUUCGAAUGAAAUGGUGAUCGAUCUCAGUGUCUUUAGUCUCAUCUUUUUAUACUUCGUUAUUAGUAAUAUGGGUAUACCUUACCAUUACAAUAUAACUUCACUGACAGCUUCAGCUCCAAUCCAGUAUCUUUGUAUAUCAGCCACUCUGUGAUCGAUCUAACACAUCGUCAGCCGUAGUAGAAAUCAUAUUAUUUUGAUAUCCUACCCAAUCAGCGUAUGGCCAUGCUAAGAGCAAUCCAUUUUCUUUGAAUUAAGUGAAAGUAUCUCAAUAUCUUCAGUAUAGCUUACAUGUGAGGAACCCACGGUUCAUGAGUAAACUAGUUCAUCUCAAUUGCUAUACAUCUGAUAUCCAAUUUAAUAGGUGACACGCAAAGAGGUUACAAACUGACCUCUGAAAUUUUUCUUAAAUUUAGUCGAUAAAAUUUCACCUUUUGUCCAUGAGUAACCCUUGAUAUAAAUUUCUAAUUUCCAGGUUGUUGAGUUAUUAUCUCUUUUUAGGGUGCUGAAGAUGACGACAACUAGGUGAAAGAAAUGCAAGACAUACUUUAAUGUCAUGUUAGUAAUGAUAAUUGUGAUUGGCACGACACGAAUUGGUGAAAAGUAUGCAGCCACAAAAAAUAAUGCAGGUUAAAAAAUGGUCAAGAUUGCAGAUUUUAAUUUGGCAUUAUUGUCCUAGUAGCUGUGUAAGUUAGAAAUUGAAAAUGCUCGGUUAUGCUUGAGUGCGAACCCAACAAUCCAGCAACAGGUUUUUAUAGAAUUUUUUCAGUGCAGCUGUUAUUUGCAUGCCUAUGUAUUAUUCGAUGGAAACUUGAUUUUUACCGGUAUGCCCAAUCUCAAAAUAGUGUUGAAUAUUUUCAUCAACAUUCCCGUCAUUUGGCUUUUUUUCUUAAAAUAUGUGUAUUCAUUUAUUAUUUUUUAUCUUUUUUAUAUUCUGUCAAUGGGUGAUUUAGAAGAAAACAGGUGUCACCUCUCAUUGAUGCUCUUAUUAUCUUGAAUGGACUUGUUUAUCUCGUCAGGUGAAAAUGAGUUGUUCAUGGCAUUGGUGUGUAAAUUAGAAAAUUAUCCUUCCUGUUUUGUCCUGAAUUACAGGUAUUAUAUUUUGGAUUUUUCUUCUAUGUUGAUUUUCUGCAGAUUGGAAGGGAGGUCUUAGAUGCAGCCGCUAGAAUGAUUCGACCAGGUGUAACAACAGAUGAAAUUGACGAAGUUGUCCAUAAGACGACAAUUGCUGCCGGUAAAAUUUGUGAUUCAAAUUCUUUGCACAUUUCCCCGGUGUCUUAGGAAUUUCGUGCCAUGUAUGGGUCAUCAAAUCUACAUAAAUGUUUGUCUUAGUUAAAUAGUUGUCAUGUCUGUUUGAAUGGGCACCGAUUCCAUGAGAAACUAUGUGCACAAUUGUCUUUUAUUUGACUACAAAUCAUGAAACUGUUCAGCAAUAUUUCAUAACAUUAUAUAUACAUGACAAGUUCAAGAGAGUAGAGAAAGCGCUAUUCUUUAAUGUGUCUCAUCGUUCCAAUUUACUUUGCAUAGUUCUACAACACUUCUGGUCGGAUAAGGCUAGGCUUAUCCUUAAAAACCGCUUGUCCUUGUAGGAUAGCUAUCUAUUGUAGGGCACCAACAUAAUAUGAUUUCACUCAACCACCGUGGAUCUUUCCCACUUAGAUCACUUAGUGUCAUUUUUUUUUUCUUAAAAGGUUUUUCUAUUCAGGUUGGCCAACUCAUGUACUGUCAGACAAGCUAGGAUCUCGUUAUUGUAGUGUCUCUCUUCUAUUUGGGCCCUUAAGUGAGUCAAUUAUGGACUACUUAAUGGGCUCUCCCUUUCUUUCUUCAAAAUAGGAGGGCUUGGCUCACUAUAGAUGUAACUGAUAUUUAAACUGGUGUAGAGGUGAAUUGAAAUAAAACUUUUCGUGAAAAAAAAAUAAAAUCAAGCCAAGAAGUUCAGCAAGAUCAGAAGAAUUCAACUGAUCAAGGACAGAGGGCCUCAAAUGACUAUAAGGAUAGUCUUUGGUGUUCUUUUUGCAAAUGCAAAAGACAUACUAGAGAAACCUGUUGGAAGUUACAUGGUAGGCCCCAACAAAAUCGAAAGGUAUAUGUUGUCACUUCUCAAAGUCAUGAAGGUGGAGAACAAGGGCAGUCGAAGGAGCAAACAGGAGAGCCUGCUCAUAAACGUGGGGAGUACCUUAUGAAGAUAAAGGAAGAACUGGAGUGACUCAAAAGCAUGUUAAGUUCUACCUCAUUGGCAUGCUCAAGUGAAAACAAAGUAUUUUUAGUAAUGCUAUUAUCCCAAAACUCAGUAAAAUAAAUUGGAUUAUUAAUACUGGUGCCACAGAUCACAUGACACCAAAUAUCUCUAGAUUCGUUAAUUAUGUAAAGAUAAAUAGGCCACGUAAGGUCCUUAUAGCUGGAGGAGGAAUCUUAUCAGUGGCGGGUAUUGAGAGCAUCAAAAUUAACGGGCUGGGUACACUUAAAGAUGUCCUUUAUGUGCUUAGACUUGAGGCACAUAUUAUAUCCUUACAAAAACUUGUGCAAGAUUGUAAGUACAAAUUUAUUCUUGAAGAUGAUGCAUGUUUUUUAGACAAGGUGUCUGAGUAGAGGACUGGACAUGUUAGGCGUCAAGAUGGCCUUCUAUAUUUGGAAGAUCAAGAUGUAUUAUGUCUCUCCUCUCUUAGUCUUUCUAGAGAUGCUAGGAGCCAAAUGAUGCUUCAGCAUAAUCGUGUUGGACAUCCUUCUUUUGAAUUGAUGAAGCAUUGGUUUCCUAUCAUUUGUAACAAGGUUGAUGUCAAAAUGUGUGAGGCCUAUCAAUUGACCAAACACAAACGAUCUACAUUUGAUUUUAAGAAUGAAAGGAGUUUAGUACUAGUGUAUCUAAUUCACAGUGAUAUAUGGGGGCCAUGUCAGAUAUCUAGUAUAUCUGGUGGUAGAUGGUUUAUGUUAUUUUUUGAUGACUGUACUCAGUUUAUAUGACUUUAUCUUCUUAAGUUUAAAGCUGAAGCUGCUCAAGUUAUCCCACAGUUCUUUAACAUGAUAGACAAUCAAUUUGGAACAGUGAUAAAGCAGUUCAAAACAGAUAAUGCCAAAGAGUAUUUUAAUACUAUCAUCUCCCUUUAUUUUGCUCAAAGAAGCAUAAUCCAUGAAUCAUCAUGUAUUGAUACUCCACAACAGAAUGGGCUAGUUGAAAGAAAGAUUGGUCAAAUUGUGGAGACAGCUAGAGCACUAUUAUUCUAGGGAAAUGUACCCAAAUAAUAUUGGGGAGAAGCUAUAUUGACAGCUACACAUCUUAUAAAUCGCAUAUCAUGAAGAUCAACUGGACAUCAGAGUCCAAUUGAGUUACUGUCUAAAGCUUCUCAAAAUGUAAAGUUGCAAAUGAACUUAGCUCCCAAGGUGUUUGGUUAUGUGACAUAUGUUCAUAUUGCUAAUACUCAGUUGGGUAAGUUGGAUCCUAGAACACGUAAGUGCAUAUUUGUGGGAUACUCACCCACUCAAAAGGGCUAUAAAUGUUAUUGCCCAUCAUCCAUAAGAUAUUAUAUCUCUGCAGAUCUUAUAUUUAAUGGAUACGAGAUGUAUUAUAAAAGGACCGAAUGGCCUGAUAUUCAAAGAUCAGAAAAUCCUUUAGUUGCUAGCUCUGAAGACCCUUGCCCUCAAGUGACGCAAAUAUUUAGGAGACAAGUUCAGACAGAGUCACCUAAUACAACAAUCACAAUUGAGGAAGAAAGGGUGAAGAAUGUCACUAAACCAAUACAGCUGGAAAAAGAUGAUCCAGGGAAAAAUGAGGUCGAACAGCUUGAUGUAGGCCUAGCUGAAGAUGAUCAGCUUGGAUGGCCUAUUGCCCUGCGUAAAGGGGUAAGGAAUUGUAAAAACAGACCAAGGUAUCCAAUGGCCAAUUAUCUAUCAUAUGAUAGAUUGAGUCAAGAGUAUAAAGUAUUCUUGAGCUCACUUAAUAUGACAAGUGUACCAAAAACAGUUGAUGAAGCAUUAGCCAGAAAAGAGUGGAGCCAAGCAAUGGAUGCAGAGAUGGAAGCCCUGCAAAAGAACCAUACAUAGGAUCUAGUUCCUCUCCCAACUGGUAAGAAGGCUGUGGGGUGUAAAUGGGUAUAUACCCCAAAAUUCAAUGCAGAUGGGUCACUUGAAAGAUUUAAAGCACGAUUGGUAUCAAAAGGCUAUAUUCAAUCAUAUGGGAUUGACUAUCUUGAGACCUUUGCUCCAGUUGCUAAGCUUAACACCAUGAGAAUAUUGAUUGUUCUAGCAGCUAAGUUGAACUGGGAAAUACAUCAAUUUGAUGUCAAAAAUACAUUUUUACAUGAAGAACUAGAAGAGGAAGUCUACAUGACUAUACCUCCAAGAUAUCCACUAUCCAAUCAAUCAGGAGUGGUUUGUAGACUAAAGAAAGCUCUCUAUGGUCUCAAACAAUCUCCUCAAGCUUGGUUUAGAAGGUUCACCAAGACAAUGAAAAGUCAAGGAUAUAAACAAAGUAACGCAGAUCAUACUUUGUUCAUCAAACAUAAUUCGUGUGGAGGUAUGACUAUAUUAAUUGUUUAUGUUGAUGAUAUAUUGAUCACAGGUGAUGACACAAAUGAAAUCCAAAAUCUGAGUAAAAACCUCUCACAAGAGUUUGAUAUUAAGUCUCUUGGGAGACUAAGGUAUUUUCUUGGUAUUGAGGUGGCACACUCGAAAGAAGGUAUCCUUAUUUCUCAACAUAAAUAUACUGUUGAUCUGCUCCAAGAAACUGGACGACUUGCUUGUAAACCAACAGUCACACCAGUGGAUAUAAAUGUGAAACUUGGAGCAGGAGGUGACAGUCCUCCAUUUAAUAAGGAAUCCUUCCAAAGGUUGAUUGGAAAAUUGAUUUAUCUGAAUCAUACUAGACCAGAUGUGGCAUAUGCUGUGAGUUCCUUGAGUCAAUUCAUGAAUGACCCAAGAGAAAUUCACUUACAAGCAGCAUAUCGUAUUGUAGAGUAUUUGAAGAAUACUGUAGGACAAGGCCUAUUAUUUUCACGAGGUGGUGAUAGUAUUGUGGAAAUAUAUACAAACGCAGAUUAUACAGGAUCGGUGAGUGACAGGAGGUCAACAUCUGGAUAUUGUUCCUUCAUCAGUGGAAAUCUGGUCUCAUGGAGAAGUAAGAAGCAAAAGGCAGCUCCAGUGAGAAGGGAGGGCGAGACCUGAUCAAGAAGAUCAAGAUCCUGGUUUGACAUGUAGGUUUUUCCCACCGGGGCUAAGUCAGGUUUGCCAUGGUUACUGUGAUGUAGAUUGAAGGUUGGUGCCAAGAUGAAAUGCAACAUGAAGAAUUGUCUUCCCCAAGAACCCUUGUUGCUGGGAUAGGUUUUAUGAUGAUGACAGGAACAAAUGGAGGAUUACCAUAAUUUCUCAAUCUCCAUGUUGUUCCCAUCAUACUUAUCUUUAAUCAUUAUACUUUGUUAAGAUUUUGAAGCCAUGCACUCAAUAUCUAUUGGUCGAUUUAGAAUUAGAGUCUGCAAAGAGUUGUACUUGCCUGCUUAUAAUAAGCAGAUUAAAAAAAUAUGUAAAUCUUUUAUCUUCCCCGCAUACUCCUCAUUGAAUUACAUGCUUUAUAUAUUCUAAUUUCAUAGUGCAUUGUGUUCUGACUUUACCCUAAUAGACAGAAUAUACAUAUUAAAAACUUAUUACAUCAGUAAUAGUGGUCUUUGUCCUCGGAGAAUGUAUUUUCCAUUGUUAACUUUAAAUUCUGCAGCCAUGUGCGAUUAUUUUCAUCUGUGACAGUGUAAUUUUUAGAGAAAUAUUUUCUCAAUCCUUGUCAAUAUUGUUUAUUUGUUUUAGUUCUUACCUAAUGAAAUAUCCGGUAGGUAAGUCAAUUCCUCUUUACCGUUUUUAUGAUAACCUAAUUCAUAAUUUCAAGAGCUACAUUUUCGUGACGACAAAAAAUGAACUCGGAUGCACAUUUUGGAAUGCGUAUGAUUAAUUAUGUCCCUAUUAAUCACAUAAUACUAAGUUCAUGCACAUGUCUGCACCCUUUCAGGAGGAUACCCGUCUACCUUAAAUUACCAUUUCUUCCCUAAAUCUUGCUGCACGUAUGUAUCCCUCAUCUGUAAUUUCGGUCCAUGGUUUACUACACGGUUGAUAAAUAUAUCCUAAUAUGUUGGUUAUUGAUUCUUAAUGCAGGUCAGUCAAUGAGGUCAUUUGUCAUGGAAUUCCAGACGCCAGGUACUCACCACGUUUUAGCCUAACUUGCCUGUUUUGCAACUUUUUUACAAUUAUGUUUUUUCAUUAUGUAUCCUCCGUUUUUUUCUUUAUUUUGGAUGCGGAGACUAUUUAAAUUUUCGGAAAGAUAUCUUUUAUUUUUGUGGUUUUCACAAUUACAUGCAAAAUGGUGCUUGAUUGAUUUGACAUUUUUAUGUAUGUAUCCUCUCAAAAGGAGACUUCUGCUUGCUGUUUAGUGCUAUGCUCUGUUCCGUAUGCUUCCAGUGAGAUUCCUCCUCUUGGUCUGCCAUUAAUGUUUUCCUUUGAUUGAUGACUUUCCUGCUUCAGAAACCCGUCGAUCCUUUUUUUUUUUUUAAUUCCAUUACCUGUUCCAGACGUAUGCCACGGCUCCUUACUUAGACAGGGUGCAAAUAUCUAAAACUUUAUUAGGUUGUCCGUAAGGUUUUUCAACAAUCAAUGUCGACUAUAACCUCUUGCCUUCCAACCUUCGAUAGUGGGGAGGGGACCAACACGGGACUGAGUAAAAGAUGAAAAAUACUUUCCACCCUGUUAGAACAUUUGGAGAAAAAAAUCCCUUAUAAAGAAAGAAUAAUGAUUUCCUUAAGGAGAGCCCAUUAAGUCCUAAAGGGUUCCUUCAAAGGAAAGAAGACGGGCCCCCAACUGGCCUUUGGUGGCCUUUUUGGCAGUCCACUAGGAAGCCCCAUUCAGAUGUUGAAGGUCCCUCCAUCCCUUUUUUGUCUUCUUUUGCAGACAGAUGAUCAAGAGUUCCAUUUAUUGUAAGAUGAAACGUCUGCGAUCACCAGGUAGGAUCUGAAUUCAAACUGUGAUAUUAUGGUGCGUCUCUAAAGACAUCCAGAUCAAGGUGACGCCCACAAACCAGGACAAAAAAAACCGGGAAAAACGCAAAAUAUUUUACAUCGCACCCAAAGUUGCCUGAAUCGUCUUUGUCACUUGCUAUCAGCUGCCUCUGCUUCCCCAUCCUCUCUUGCUCUCUUCUCUUGCUAACUGUAACAUGUACUCUUUACCACUUCCUAGUCUUAGAUUCAACGUAGGAUGUGCUGGAGUAUGUACUUUUGUGAUGUCAACAGCUUUUGCUCGGAUACUAAGCAGCGCUCUCUUUUUUGUAUCAUAAGAUUGAUAUAGUAUCUCGGUGGAUCUCAUAUUGAAAAACAUGAGAAGAAUUAUCUUACUAGCGAUAAUGUACGCUUACUAUUCGUUUUGCAUUUUCUUUCAUCGUCAUUCUUCUCUAAAUAUUUGUGACUGUGGUCGGGACAAAGAUCUUGUUUCACAAUUUCAUCUUACCAUGUAUUCAUUAUCAUAUUUAUAUCCACGACAUGCAUCGACUACAGUUUUUAAUUUCGUUGGUACUGCACUUUAUUUGCUACACAAAGAUUCAUCUUAAGUCGAAGGUUUUCUUAAAACGGAUGAGUUUCUUGAAAUAUGUAAGCUUUCUGAGCAGGUAACAUUUUACUUAUACCUGUGGUGUACUGCUAAUAGGGCCAAAGGAACAGAUUUACGAGAUAACGAAAUGGGUAGUAUUUCUACGUGCAUAAAAAAUCCAAAUUUGGUGAUUCUUCAAGAGAAAAUUCUGCACCUCUUUAUGUUUUUUUGAUAGCAUUUUUCUAGCAUCAACAUUUUCUUUACAGCUUGAAUAUCACUCUAUCUUCUAGAUGAUUGCCAUUUACUGGUACCUGAUAUCUUUUAACAGAAAAUUGGAGGAAGGUGACAUUGUUAACGUUGAUGUUACUGUCUAUUAUAAAGGUGUCCAUGGUAAGCGCUUUAGUGUGUCUGCCGUGGUAAUUUUGUCGCGUACUUGAGGAGAAAAAAUUACAGUGAUCUCAUCUAAUGUGCAGGCGAUCUUAAUGAGACUUAUUUCGUGGGGGAAGUUGAUGAAGCAACCAAGCAGCUGGUUCGAUGUACAUAUGAAUGUUUGGAGAAAGCUAUUUCUAUAGGCAUGUAACAGCCACUUUAUUUAAAUGUGUCUGGUUCCUUUUAUCCUCAUGAAACGGUCCUCUAGUAGGUCCAGAGAAGAGAUGUUAUACACGAUGUCUUCUUGGAAAAAUAACUAAAGCAAUAAUAAACCUUAGUAAACCUUUCUGAUUUGCUUUUGGUUGAUUUAUUUUCAAUCAUUAAAGAGCAAACUAAUUGAGGAUAAAAACUAAUAGUGUUUCUAUGUACCUAAUUAAUUGAAAUGAUACAAAUGAUAAAUUUAAAUAUUUCAAGGGCAUUUCUUUUUGGAAGUUCCCAAUCUAAAUGUUCUUUCUGGGAUUUCGCAUAUUACAGUAACUACCUAGACAGUGCUGAAUCCAAAAGAGUUUUGAUUAUGUUUUUCUUAGUUUUAUCCUGACAUCCUGGGUCUUCCUUGUUCUACUGAAUGGCUAUAGUUGGCCCACUACCCAGUGCAUCCACCAAUUUGUGUUUCUAUAAGACUGUUUCACGGAGUCCAUAUCCAAAUUUUGAUCAGACACAUCACAUAGCCAAUUAAAAAAAUUGUUGAAUCCUUGAUCCUGUUGGAUUUGAAUUUGAUUGAUGCCUGAUUGACGGGAUAUGACUUUUGAUGUUGGUCCUGAGCAUGACACUUUUUGAGUUUAUGGCAAUUAUUUGAUCUAGGAUUCAACGUAAUUUCAAUCUUGCAUCUCCGAGCUCUAAUGACAGCGGGUACUGCAUAUAUCUAUAAAGCACAUUAUUUAGUUCAGUCCUUACCUGGUUGUCAAUUCAAAGCUCACUAGUCCAAAUCAUUUGAUCUAUAUUGGAGUUCUAUUGUUGUCAACUGAUAUCAAGUGGUGCGAUCGUUCUGCCUCCAAUAAUAAGUUUAUUUCCGUACUUGCAACUUAAAAGGCUGUUUUUUUACAUUGUGAGGAAAUUCUGGUCAAAGGUCUCCUUGUUCCAUGCCUUAUAGAGCAGUUUCAGCUUCAGCGUCUGCUCUUUUAGAUCCUUGAGUCUAGAUGUCUCCUUCGAUAAUAAGAUGUUUCCUCCUCGUUCUCUUGGAACAGAAGUGGUUUGCUUUUCUUUUUUUUUUAUCAAAUGACUAGUUAUGGAUCUCUCCCCCAUUGGAAAUGCAUUGGAAGCUCAUUUACGAUUCUUCUCCCUCAUUUUGAGAGCAGUUAAGCCUGGAGUACGUUUCCGAGAAGUUGGCGAUGUUAUUAGCCGCCAUGCAUCUAUGUCUGGUUUCUCCGUGGUAACUGUUCCUCAUUAAUAUUCUGGAUAUUCAGUUUUUUUUUUUUUUCUAGUCAAUCUAAUUUUACUCAUCAUGUUCAUCUGUAGGUGAAAUCCUACUGUGGCCAUGGUAUUGGAGAACUCUUCCAUUGCGCCCCCAACAUCCCACAUUAUGGAAGUAUCCUAAAGAUAUAAUAAUUUCUGAUGCUUUAGAGUAUAAGAACCAUUUUUCCAUGGCAAUUUAUUGAUGUUACGAGCAACCUUCUUUGGAGAGAUUAGCCUAAGAAAAAGCUUGCCUGUUUUUCACAUAUUGUCUACAUUUUUCCUAAACACGCAUCAGAAAAUAAAGCAGUUGGUGUGAUGAAAGCUGGACAGAUCUUUACAAUUGAGCCCAUGAUAAAUGCAGGUUACAUUGAGAAUCAAUCUUAUCACAGGAUUCUGUGGAGCAAUUCUUUUCCCCUCUCGUUCUUUUCUCUGAGAAUGAUUAAUGUAGGUGUUUGGAGAGAUCGGUUAUGGCCUGAUGGGUGGACCGCAGUCACUGCUGAUGGCAAACGAAGUGCUCAAUUUGAGCACACUCUUUUGGUAACUAUAGUUUCCUGUUCAUUUGCUUCAAUCAUCUUCCUGCCAUUUGUUCUUCUUUUUUUCUUUUUCCUUUUUUUUCUUGACCUGGUAUAUUUUUUAAAUCGGGAAGUUGGGGUUUUUUUCUCUUUUUUUUUUUCUUAAUGGUUUUUCUAUCAUUAGUUAAAGAAAUAGGGACACAACAGAAGAGAGCCCAGAAGCUUUAGUUUAUUUUCCCCCAACCCCGGAUGUGAUCAUCAGGGAAGGAAUGCCCACGAACAGGGGGGUUAGGCGAAUGAUCAUCUAUUGCCCAAAUCAAUCAAUGGGGACGUUGUCAUUGUUGUCUUGAUGUGAUCUGCAUUCUUUCUCUGAGAAAAUAGAGCAGUGGUGGGUGUCAAUGGCCUUGCUUGCCAAUGAGAAUAUGGUUUGAAACAUGGUGUGAACCACAUUCUGGAGCCCACCCUUUCUCUCUCUAGAUCAAACUAUAAAAGUCUUGUCAGAGAAACUCAAAGCCCGGUCCUUUUUUUCUAAGAGUAUAUCCAUAUAACAUCAGUUUAUGCAUUUAUUUUCCCACGAAAUGCAAUAAUCUGAUCUCCCCAAUGCAGGUUACUGAGACGGGCGUUGAGGUCCUGACUGCACGGCUGCCCUCUUCCCCUGAUGUUUAUCCCUGGUUGAAGAAAUAA